AUGCUUAAGAAGAAGAGAGGGAAGGAGGGCAAUGCGGCCAAGUACACGACGCGCAAUCAGGCGCUCGUGCGCCUGCAGCUCAAACUCGCCGACUUCAGGCGGCUGUGCAUUCUGAAGGGCAUUCACCCGCGCGAGCCGAAGAAGAAGACCAAAGGCGCGCACAAGACGUACUACCAUGUCAAGGACAUCAACUUCCUUGCGCACGAGCCUCUCUUGGAGCUCCAAAGAGAGAUGCGCGCGCAGAGGAAGAAGAUCCGCAAGGCCAAGGGGCGGCUGGAGACGGACAAGGUGGAGCGGCUGGAGCGCAGCCUGCCGCGCGUGUCACUGGACCACCUCGUCAAGGAGAGGUACCCAUCGUUCAUCGAUGCGAUCAGGGAUCUGGACGAUGCGCUCACCAUGCUGCACCUCUUCGCCACGCUGCCCGCCGAUGCCACCUUCCGCAUCCCCGCCACUCGCGUCAACAACGCGCGCAGGCUGUCGCUGGAGUGGCAGGCAUACAUAACGCGCACACACGCCCUGCGCAAGGUGUUUGUGUCGGUGAAGGGCAUCUACUACCAGGCGCAGGUCGUGGGGCAGGCGGUGACGUGGCUGGUGCCACAUCAGCUGAUGCAGGUCAUGCCCACUGACGUGGACUUCCGCGUCAUGCUCACCUUCCUCGAAUUCUACGAGACCCUGAUGGGCUUUGUCAACUUCAAGCUCUACCACGAGUUGCGGCUCGCUUACCCUCCUCGCCUCGACCCGCGCCUCGAGAAGGCUGCUGCAGAUCUGUAUGCAGUGAUGCGCAAGCUAGCAGAGGCGGCAGCAGCAGCGAGGCUGAAGCGAGAGAGGAAAGCCAUCAAGGCAGCAGCUGCUGCUACUGCUGCUGUCCUUGGUGCUGCUCCUGCUGAUACGGAUCUUGCUGGUGCUGCUGCUGCUUCGCAAGGAACUGCUGAGAGGAGCGCAGAUGAGGGAGGAGAGGGGGAGAAAGCAGAGGGAGGGACAGACGAUGGUGCUGCUGCAGCGGCAGCGGAACCAGCAGCAGGAGAAGGAGAGGGCGCAGCAGCAGCAGCAGCAGAAGAACCCCCAGUGGAUCCAGAGAAGGAAGCAUCAGAGAAGCUUCCCGCACUUCGCAAGCAAGCAACGGCGUCGCGAAUGGCGUCCCUGCAGAGCCGGCUGGCAGCCAUGGCAGCCGCGGCAGAGGAGAACCCCGAUGAGGAGGAGGAGAAAGCAGAACGAACAGGGAGUAAAGGAGCGGGUGGAGCAGAGGCAGAGGAGGAGGAGGAAGGGGAUGAGGAUGAUGAGGAGACGAGGGCGUGUCGGCGGUUGUUCAAAGGGCUUGUGUUCUUUCUCGGGCGGGAGGUUCCCAGGGAGCCGCUGCUGUUUGUGAUCCGCGCGUUUGGAGGCAGGGCCAGCUGGGAGGGCGAGGGGGCGCCGGCUCCUGAGAGUGACGACUCCAUUACUCACCAGGUGGUGGACCGACCGCAGCAGAAGCACCGCAUUCUCUCGCGGGAAUACGUGCAGCCGCAGUGGGUAUUCGAUUGUGCCAAUGCGCGCAUCCUGCUGCCCUCCGCGCCCUACGCCCCUGGCCUUGUACCGCCGCCGCACCUCUCGCCGUUCGUGAACCACGAGGAGGAGGGCUAUCUGCCCGACUAUGCCGCGGCGAUCCAACGGCUGAAAGAAGCCGCAGCGGCACGAGAUGCUGCUGCACACAAGGGGGCAGCGGGGGGGAUGCUGGGCAUGGGGGCAGGGGGGGCGCUGAUGGAACUGGAGGGAGCGCAUGAAGUGAGGAUGAGUGGCGAGGGGAGUGUGGCGGUGGGGGGAGGGGAGGACGAGGUUAAGGCUGAGGAAGCUGCACUGGCUGCUAAGAUUGCAGAGGUUGCGGCUGAAGAGAAAGCCUACGCUGCUGAUUUGGCAAAAGAGCUCUCAGGCGUCCCGUUCUCCUCCUCACUGGUCCAAGCCAAGGUGUUGGGAGCUUGCCUAGUGUAG